AUGAGCAUACAACAAAGCACAGAGUUAAUAAUUUUUGUGACCCAUGUCGAAGCAGAGGAUGCAUUCCUCAAAAUUUGGGGUCAAGUGGACAAGAAUUCUGCAACAUGUGUAGAACGCAUGAUUUUACCUUUAGUUGAACAAUUUGCUAGAAGUCAAGGCUGCAUUGGACCACAGGCAGCUAAUUUACAUAUAAAUGCUCUUUGUUGUGCUAGAUUUCAAAAUGAUGGAUAUUAUCGAGCUAAAGUAAUUAACAUACGUGCUGAUGGUAUGGUAGUUUUGCAAUUUAUUGAUUAUGGCAAUGUUGAAGUGUUAUCACCCCAAGAGAUUCAUUUGCUUGAAAAUAUACCUGGAUCUGAGUCUUUACAAUCCUUUCCACCUGUGGCAUUUGACUUUACAUUAAUGAAUGUGUUACCUGUAAAUGGCACUUGGGAAAAUAAAAUAAUUGAAUCAAUUAAAAAGACUCUAUGGUACAACGAAUAUAAAGUCUUAAUUCAUACUGUGGUCAAUAAUCAUCGUUUCAUAAAACUGUGGUAUAAUAAUGAAGACUUUAGUGAACUGUUGAUAAAUAGACACAUGGCAAUAAGAACAACAUUGCAAGAAAUGUUUAGGCCAAAGUGUGUACAACAGCCUCAAGUGCCAAUAUAUCGGCAACCAAGCAAACGUCUUAUUACUAAUAACUGUACAACAGUAUCUAUGCAAAAUAUGAAUCCAGUGCAUUGUGAUGGAAAUGAAAUGCAUGGAUUUCAAAGAAAUGUUCCUCUAUGUUGUGCAGCUCAGCAGAAGCAUAUGAUGCAAACCUCUGUUCAGGAAGCACUUGUAUUUAAAUCUCGUGUUUUAGAUGUACCAUCAAAACAUGAUGUAUAUGUGUCUUUUGUAGAAGAUGGUCCACAUAAGUUUUCUGUGCAGCUUCAAAGUACAUCUCAAAUAUUAAGCAUGCUCAUGAGAGAUAUCAACAGCCAUCCUAUAGAGCCACUACAAGAACCCCCUUUACCUGGAUCAGUAUGCCUAGGUCGUUAUACACAAGAUAAAGUGUUAUGUAGAGCUGUUGUAAUGUCUGUUAUGGAAAAUAAGUGUAAACUUUAUUAUGUUGAUUUUGGUCAUACAGAAGUGUUACCAUAUACAGAUAUUUUCCAAUUGCCAUCACAUUUUAUUAGUCCUAAAGUACUGUCUAUUCGAUUUACAUUAAGUGGUGUACAUGAAUUAAAUGUCACAGAUGAAAUGAAAAGAUACUUCAAGCAAAUAGUAUCAGGAAAACUACUUGUUUUACAUGUUCGUCCACCAGAAGGACCACCUUUGGUACAAUAUGGAGACUUAUAUGAUGAUGGAAAAAAUAUAAAAGAUAUUCUUAGACAAGCUUCUCCAGCUCCAGUUACAAUAGCACCUAUAACAUCAUCAUUUGCAUACCAGGAACCAAGAAAAUUAUCAAAAAAUAUGGAAGAAAUUAUACAUGUUUCAUUUGUAGAAUCUUGUAAAAAAUUUUUUGUACAAUUGGACAGUAGUAAUGAAUCUCUUGAAUUAAUAAUGAGUAAUUUAGCAGAAUUUUGUACAACUGCACCCACUUUAAACCUAGCACAACUAAAAAUUGGUCUUCCUUGUGCUGCUUUAUAUGAUAAUCAAUGGUAUAGGGCACAAAUUCUGGCCAUAAAUGCAGAUAACAUAAAAGUCUUAUAUGUUGAUUAUGGUAAUGAAGAAACUGUAACUUUAAUGUCUCUUCGAUUAAUUCACGAUGAUUUAGUAAAAAAGUUGCAAGCCCAAGCUAUAAAAUGUAUUUUAAAUGGUUGGGAACUUUUGCCAUCUACUCAAGAAGUUCAUAAUCAGUUUGAAUUAUUAAUUUUGGAAAAACGUUUACGUUUAAGAGUGAUAGACGUAAAUAUAGAUGGUAUAGUAGUAGACUUAUAUGAACCAGAAAAAUUGGAAAAUAUUAAAUCUCAAAUGUUGCAUAUAAUUGGAAAUGAAAAAAAAAUAAGUGAAUCAUCAAAUUAUCAAACUAUGGAUAGUCAACAUUCUACAAAAAAUUUUAGUGAAAAUACAAGUAAAUGGCAUAAAAAGAAACAGAUAGAUUCAUGGCAUCAAGCACAGAAUAGUAACACUAUUCAAGAAAAGAGCAAGUUUAAAACUUGGAAAGAUGAAUCAAAUGAAGGAAAACUACAUGAAAAUAGAAAUGAAAAAAGUAAUUUUCAUCGUAACGACUCACGAAGUGAAAGAUUUAAUAGAGAUGACUUUUCUAACAAUAGGAGUAACACAAAAGAUAAAUGGAGUAACAAAAACGAAUAUAAUGAUUCAUUUAAAAGUGGAAAAGGUACGAGAGGUGGCAGAAAUAAAACAUCAGGAUUCACACCUAAAAGUCAUUCUUCUGAUAAAAGUUGGAGUGACAAAGAUUCUGAUACAUCAUCUAGAGGUAGUAGUAGACGUGGAAGAGGUAGCGCUACUCGUGGUGGUUACUCUAGACGUGAAGGAAUUUCUGGAAGAGUGCAAAGUAAUAAAUUCAGUGACAGAGAUAGUGAUGGGAGUUUUAAAGGUGGAAGAGUAAAUAGUGAUUCUUAUCAUGGAAAUAACAGAUUCAGAGAAAGAAAAGGACAAGGAUAUAGGCUUACACAAAACAGGUUAAAUACCAUAAAUUCUACCUCCGAUGGAGAACCUCGGAGAUAUAGUCCUAUGAGAAAUAGAAAUGAAUUUCAUAUUCCAUUUCCGAAUAUAACAAUUGGAGCCGUAAAAACUUGUGAAGUAGUUUUUACAAAUAGUCUGUCUGACUUUUUUGUACAGUUAACUCCUGAUUAUGCCGCCUUAGAUACUGUAAUGGAAAACAUAGCUUCAAUAUAUGAGAGUGGAGGAGAGUCCAUGAAGGAAUCCGAAAUAUUAUGCGGAGUGUACUGUAUUGCUCAAUAUUCAGAAGAUCUGAAAUGGUAUAGAGCCAUAAUCACAUUUGUUGAAGGAAAUAGUGCAACCGUACAAUUUGUAGAUUACGGCAAUACCGAAACAAUUGAAUUUAAUAAAAUUAAAUCUAUUCAAAAAGAAUUUUUGAAACUUCCAGUACAAGCUGUGCAUUGCAAAUUAUUCGGUAUUAGAUCUGAUAUUGUUGACAAAAAUAAAAUUAAAAAUUUUGAAGAUACAGUUACUGGAAAAACACUAGAAGUAGAGUUUGUAAUUGAAGAAAAUGGUAUAUAUAGCGUUUUAUUAAAAGAAAUUAUUGAUGGUGUUCCAACAAAUACCUUUAUAAAUGAAGAAUUUUGCGAAAAUAACGAUUUAUUAAAAGCAAAAGAAGAUGCAAUAUCAAAUAGAGCAAUUGCCUCCAAUACAAAACAGUUAGUUGAACCCAACUAUGCAUCCUUACAUGAUAAAUGGACAACAAAUUCAUACAUACCUGGAACUAAAAAAGAUGUGAUUGUUACAUGGUUUACUAAUCCCAAUAAUUUUUAUUGUCAAAUACUUGAUAAUGAAUCUGAAUUUAGAACUAUGAUGAAUGAAAUUCAAAAAAUAUAUGUUGGCAGAGAACCAAUUUCACGCAUGUUACAGGUUGGAUCUCCUGUAAUAGCAAUAUUUUCUGAUGAUGGAGCUCUUUAUCGUGCAGAAAUUAUUGAGCUGAAUGAAUUAAAUGGUCAUCUGGUUCAAUAUAUAGAUUUUGGAAACAAUGCUGUGGUUAAUCCUCAAAAAAUUUAUCCAGUAGAAAAAAAAUUAAUGCAUCUUGCUAAACAAGCUGUUCAAUGUUCCUUGUUAAAUAUUAUCCCACAGGGUGAACUUAAUUGGUCUAAUGUAAACAAAGAAGCAAUUGAUAACUGUUUCAAUGCUGAUAAAUACGAAUGUAUUUUCCACGAUGUAAAAGAUGAUAAAUAUUUAAUAGAAUUGUUUAAUAAUGGAAACGAUGUUGCUAAUACAUUAGUUGAAAGAAAUCUUGCAUCAUUUAAUUCAGAAACUAAAUCAAAUGCUACAAUUGAAGUUCAACUUCCUUCAGCUGCUGCAUGUGAAAACAUGAUUGACACAUACAUGACCGACAAAAAUCCCAAGGUGAUGCAACAAUUAUCAACCCAUGAGAUAUGCCUAGGCACAGGUUGUUUGGUUUAUUCAAAUGGAGUUUGGAGACGAGCUGUAAUCAGUAGCCAUUCACAAUCCACAGGCUUUGAUGUAAAAUUCAUUGAUACUGGAGUGUAUGAUGAAAUUUUCUCAGAUAGCGUUCUAGCUUUACCAGGAGAACUCUCAGUAAUGCAGAAUCAGGCUGUUGAAUGUUCCCUUGUAUAUGAAACGUCUACUCCUGAAACAAAUAUUAAAUUGAAAGAAUAUGUUGAAGGAAAAGAAGUAAUUGUAUAUGUUGAUGAAGUUGAUAACAACAGACUCAUUGUAAAAUUGUUUGAUUUAUCUGGUAAUAAAAUAAACAUUUUUGAGGAUUCAGAUGAAAAAAUAUCACCAAUAUGUCCAAUGCCUAUUCUAAGUUCUACUCAUAAAGUAUCAGUAUCAUAUGCUGAUCAUUGUGCUAAUAUCUGGCUACAACGUAAUACAGAAUAUGCUUUAGACAAGGAUUUAACUGAAGCACUUGAUAAGUAUUAUUCUAUGUCUGGAGAAUUAGCAGAACCAAAAGUAGAUCUUUUAUGUGCUGUUAAAAGUGUAGAUAAUCACUGGUAUAGAGCUAAGAUCAUAAAAUGUUCAGAAACUGGAAUUUAUGUAAAUUUCAUUGAUUAUGGCAAUAAUGAAGAAGUUACUCCCGACGUAGUAAUGGUUUUAGAUUCACAAUUUUUUGCACCGCAUCAGUUAGCUGUUAACGUGUCACUACCAGUGACGCUUAAUGGUACAAUAUCUGAACAAUUAAAUGUACUACAAAAUUAUUUAUCAAACAGAGAACUUACUGCUGUUUUUUACAAUAUAAAUAAAAAGUGGGUAGUAGAAUUAUUACAUGAGGGAGAAAAAAUCAGUGACAAGUUUCGUUCGUUCAAUUCAGCAUCGCAAGAAAUAUCUGGAACAAGGCAACCUCAAAUUCACAACAUAACAGUCGGCUGCAAAUAUGAUGUAUAUGUAUCUCAUGUGGAUUCGCCUAGUCAGUUCUGGCUUCAGUAUGUAGACGAUGCUGUAAAUCUUUCGAAUAAGCAAAAAGAACUGCAAGCUCAAGCCCCUACAUUUUCACAAAUAGAUGGAAUAUUAGAAGAAGGAAGUCUGUGUAUUGCUGUGUACACUAUUGAUAAUUUAUGGUAUAGAGCACAGGUACUUGAUGCUGACGAAGAUAUUACAACAGUUCGAUUUAUUGAUUACGGAAAUACAGAUGUUAUUGACAAUAAAUCUGGAAAUAUUCGACAGAUACCAGAUUCAUGGAAAGAAAUAAAAGAAUAUGCAAUCAAAUGCAGAUUGGAUGUUAUUCCUGUAGAUACAGAAGAUUGGAAUGUUACAACUUGUGAGAAAUUUGAAAAUUUAGUAACAUCUGUUGACUCGAUACAGGCAGUAGUAGUAGCAAAUAGUGCCCCAAAACGGGUAGAUUUGUUAAUAAAUGGUAAAAGUGCUAGUGAAACAUUAGUCGAAGAUCAUCAUGCUGUAAAGGUUCAUACUGAAGAAGAAUUAAUAGAUGAAAUAGUUGAUCUUGAAUUGGAUCCUCAUUCUGCUUUUGUGAGUCAUAUUAACUCCCCUAAUGAGUUUUGGGUUCAGGAAGAAAAAUCUGUUGGCGAUCUAGAAAUAAUGACUGACAGAUUUAUUGUAGCACAUAUGUUCCCUAAAGUUGAUGAGAUUAAAGAAAAUUUACUAUGCGUUGCUAAGUAUCCUGAAGACGAAGCUUGGUAUAGAGCACGCGUUUUAUCACACAGUGAUAAUGCAACACGCGUUAUAUAUAUUGAUUAUGGAAAUUCAGCUACCUCAACUGAAAUACGUGCUAUACCUGCAGAUCUUGCAAACAUACCUCCUUUAUCAAGAAAAUGUCACUUAACUAUGCCAGAAGGAAUCACUGAAUGGUCACAAAAAGCUUGCGAAGAAUUUAUAAAAUUAGCAGCUGAUGGAGCAACAAUAUUUUUGUUAGAUGUGUUGAAAGAAGAUGAAACAUCAUUGGUGAAAUUAACAUUAGAUGGUAAAAAUGUAACAGACAUACUUGCAAACUUCUGUGAAUGUUACCUGCCGAUCAUAGAAGAACGAUUACCUCCUUUAGGUGAAGAAAAUUCACCGAACGUAUUUAUUAGUCAUAUCAAUUCUCCUGAUGAAUUCUGGAUUCAUACCGAAAGCAGCAUCACAGACUUGAACAUGAUGUCAGAAAGAUUACAAGCAGCUCCCAGUUUCCUACCAUUAAGUACAUUUGAAAUUGAUACUAUUUGCGUUGCAAAGUAUUCAGUAAAUAACCAGUGGUGUAGAGCUAAAAUUCUUUCGCAUUCUGAACAUGGUACUGAAGUUCUAUAUAUAGAUUAUGGCCAUACAGGGAUUACAAACGAAGUACGGAUGUUACCAGUAGAUAUCAUUAAUAUUCCUCCUUUGUCGAAACGUUGCGCUCUGCAAAAACCAGAUACCAUAAAUAAUUGGUCGUCAGAUGUUUGUAGAAAGUUUGAAAGUCUUUCUGCAAAUGGAAAAACAAUGUUUCAGUUUGAGAUUCUUGAUGACACUAACGAUCCUAUAUAUGUUCAAUUAAAUUAUCUUGGAAAAAAUAUUGUUGACACUAUAGAACAAUUUCCUAAAAAUAUAUCUCAGGAUGCCACGAUAAAAGAAGAGGAAGAUUUAUGCAAAAAUGGAGACAUAAAUAUAGAAAAUUAAUAUGAUGCGGAUGUAAGUGAAUCUUCAAAAAAUAUUGAAAGCCCAAAUCAAGAAUUAAAGGAGGACACAAGUAAUUUAAGUACCAGCUCCAUUUUAGAACUUAGUGUAGAUGAAAUAGUCCAAAAUAUGAAAGUAGAUGAACCAGAAGAUGAGGAAACAUUUAGAAAUCAUAAUAAAACACAAAUAUCUAAUAAUGAAAUGGAAGUAUGUGAACCAAAUACAAACAUCCAAUGUUGUGAAAAGCUUAAAGAAGAAAAUACAUCACAAUCAGCAAAAUCUUCAAGUGAGCAAUCUGCAGAAGUAGUAGAAGAAAUUGUGACAAACAAUACUUUUAUAAAUGUUCUAACAGAAGAAAUUAGCAUUUCAAGUACUAAUCAAGAAGAAAAUCGUGGUACUGAAAAUUGUAAAAUACAAGACACUAAUAAAGUAAAUGUUAGCAUACCGGAUUCUAAGGAUAACUCUGAAGUAAAAAGUGUGCAUGAAAAGAUAUUUUCAGAGUUACAAUCUGUAGAAGUAGCAAGCAACGAAUGUAAAAUUACCGAUACGCAGCAAGAUACAGUUUCAUUAAUUGAUAAAGUAAAUGUUAGCAUAAUAGAUCCUAAGGAUAACUCUGAAGUAAAAAGUGUGGAUGAAAAGAUAUUUUCAGAAUUACAGUCUGUAGAAAUAGCAAGCAACGAAUGUGAAAUUACUGAUACACAGCAAGAUACAGUUUCAUUAAUUGAUACAACAAUUCAUGUAAAGAUUAAUGAAAACAAUGAUGCAAAAAAUUCUUUCCAGGUCGAAAGUGUCCCUACAACGUUAGAAUGA